AUGAGUUUGCAGAAAUUGCCAGUCACCAUUCUCACUUGCGAAACCCUAGUGGUUCUCAAGCUUGUAGGUUUCAGAGUGGAAGACGACGAAGCCUAUUCUUGUGUUGUACUUCCAUCACUCAAAACCCUAAUCUUCAAAUAUAUUGGGUUCCCUAAACUUAUAGAUUUUCUCAUGUUUCUAUCUGGAUGUCCAAUUCUUGAAGUUUUACUCACACUUCAUGUGUCAUUUGUUUCCAAUGAAUCUCUAACUUGCAUCGAGUGGAACAGCUUUUGCUUAAAUAACUUGAAUAAAGCUGAUAUCAAUUCUGCAUAUUGUUAUAUUCCGUUAAAACCUUUUCGCAAUGUAACUUCCUUGCGCUUUGAAAUUGAUAAGGUGAAUUUUCGUGAUGAUUUUGAUUUCAUUCCUACUUUUCAUAAUUUGACUCAACUGGAGCUUAGUUCUCUGGAUUAUACUUGGUCGUUCUUACUACAACUUCUCAACCACUGCCCUAAGCUUCAAAGACUUGACGUUGAUCAGGCUGACACGGACAAGAGAACAUGGGGUAGACAAGAUUACAAAGAAUAUUGGGUAGAUCCCGCUGUUGUUCCACAAUGCCUUUCAUUACACCUUAGAACAUGUAAUUUGUUCAACUUCUUAGGCCUUCGAGUUCUACAUAUUCACAUUGUCAUGAUACUUCUGGAAAACUUCAAAAAUAUCUAUUAUGGUAAUUGGUCCUUGCUUCCUGCUUCUAUUAUGUCCAUAGAGCUGUGGGACAUGGCUGAGAACAAGAGCAUGACAAAUCAUGCACAUGUGAAUGUGAUAUCUGCAUUGCCUCAGUCUCCUAUCUGCGUAUGCAUGGGUUUUGCAAAUAAAUAUCAGACAUUUUAUGAUCUACUUCCUAUGGCUGUUGUUAAAGCUUCCAGUAGUUAUCAUAAAGAUACCGAAGUUCUACCGUGUGGAGUGGAUAAUAUGUCAAAGAUACCAAAUCAAUGA